UUUUGUCGCUGUGACAUUUGUGUGACGUGCGUCGAGGAGUGAGGUGUUGUUUCGCCCAUUCCAAUAUAUCAAGGAAUUCCAUUAAUCACGAUUAAUCGGACAUAAAAAUUCCAAUUGACGGCUAAACGUGCCUGCCAGACGGGAUAUCUGAUUGUAAAAUAAACGUGGUUCAAACUGCAAGUAACGCCCGUGGCCGGAAAACACGUGAAUUCGCGACCGAGAGAGUAUUGUGCGGUGGGACUGGAGCGCAAGCGAUUGGCGUCGUGGUGAAAUUUUCCGUCUUGUGUUUUUGGCACGCAGUUUUCCAUAAUUUCAUCAUCGUUCGGGCGAAACUGCAUUGACUCACGAGUCAGAAAUACGUACUCGAAGUUGAUAGAAGUUGCUAGUGCUCUGUAACGCAAACACGUCCUUCGGCGAGACUUGGGCGAGCUGACCCGUGAUUUCUGCGGCAUUCAUUCAUUCCAGUUUCAGCCUGACACCGUGUCCGGCCUGGGUUCGUAAAUUCCCAUAAAUUUGCUAUUACAAGCAGUGUUUUCACUUGCGUUCCGCCUGAAUUGAUUUAAUUGGAAUUGAAUUGAAAAUCGACGAGUGGUCUUGAGUGCGCGACCGAUCGCCGACGUAAAAUAUAUUCCGUGAGUACUUGAGUUCGGAUCGCUGGAAUUUCGCACCAGCCGCCGUCCGUCACCGCGCUCUACAAAUUUCCACGCUGUGUGCUUACUAGAACAGGUAGUGCAAGCCUACGGCAGCAGAGGGAGUACGAGGACAGCUUAAACAAAAAUGUCGGCAAAAGCGAUUCGUGAAGCAACCGGAAAGGAUAUAUUGAACCGGCUCUUGGAUAAAAGCUCAGGUGCAGCAACAUGCAGAUUCGCUUCUGUAAAUGAAGAUACAAAAUGGGGUGAUUUGUUGGCUGCAAACCCAUGGCUAGAAACCACACCCCUUGUUGUUAAGCCUGAUCAAUUGAUAAAACGACGUGGGAAAUUGGGAUUGAUUGCUGUCAACAAAAAUAUUCAACAAGUCAAAGAAUGGGUCGAUGCACGUAUGGGAAAAGAUCAGAAAAUUGGCGCAGCCGUUGGAAAAUUGCGAAAUUUCAUUAUUGAACCAUUCGUUCCACACAAAGAUAAUGAAGAGGCUUACGUGUGCAUCUACUCACACCGAACAGCAGACACUAUCCUAUUCUAUCACCAAGGUGGUGUUGAUAUUGGUGAUGUUGAUUCAAAGGCCUUGAAAUUAGACGUUCCAAUUGGCCAAAAUGUAACUGCAGCAGAAAUAACAAGCAAACUUCUGGUGAAUGUCACCGACGACAAGAAACAACGAAUUGCAAAUUUCAUUUAUGCACUCUAUCAAAGCUACGUGGAUUUAUAUUUCACUUAUUUGGAAAUCAAUCCACUCGUUGUCACAGCAGACUCAAUCUAUGUCUUAGAUUUGGCUGCUAAAUUAGAUUCAACUGCUGAUUUUGUUUGCCGGCCGAAAUGGGGUGAAAUUGAUUACCCACCACCAUUCGGAAGAGACGCAUAUCCAGAGGAAGCGUACAUUGCCGAUUUGGAUGCAAAAAGUGGAGCAUCAUUGAAGCUGACAAUUCUGAAUCGCAAUGGUCGCAUUUGGACAAUGGUAGCCGGUGGUGGCGCCAGCGUUAUUUAUUCUGAUACAAUUUGUGAUUUAGGUGGAGCAUCGGAAUUAGCCAAUUAUGGAGAAUACAGUGGUGCACCAUCAGAACAGCAAACAUAUGAAUAUGCAAAGACUAUUUUAAAUUUAAUGACCUCAUCACCAAAACACCCACAAGGAAAAAUCCUGAUAACUGGUGGCGGUAUUGCUAAUUUCACAAAUGUUGCAGCCACAUUUAGAGGAAUCAUCACUGCCCUUCGUGAAUUCCAACCACGUCUAGUUGAACACAACGUGUCGAUAUUUGUUCGACGUGCUGGCCCUAAUUAUCAAGAAGGCUUACGAAAAAUGCGAGAGUUUGGUAGUUCUUUGGGUAUUCCACUAUAUGUUUUCGGUCCAGAGACACACAUGACAGCAAUUUGUGGUAUGGCAUUGGGACGACGACCAAUUCCCCAAGCUUGCAAUGUAGAGUUUGCCACAGCGAAUUUCUUGCUGCCAGGGGGUCAAGAACAACAAGACCAGAAGUCAGAUGCCGCUAGCAGUGGUGAUAGCAGCCGAGGAGGCGCGAAUGGAAUCGGUCCAAUAAAAUUGCCUCCUCUAUCAACAGGAGCAUUGAAAUCUCAUGGAUUCAACGAUGCUCAAUCAUCAUCGGCUGUCGAUGGUCGGUCUGUGCAGAAAAUGUUCACAAAUCGCACAAAGGCAAUUGUAUGGGGCAUGCAAACACGUGCCGUACAAUCGAUGUUAGAUUUCGAUUUUAUUUGCAGGCGAGAGGAACCGUCGGUUGUUGCCAUGGUCUAUCCAUUCACCGGCGACCACAAGCAAAAAUACUACUGGGGUCACAAAGAAAUCCUACUGCCUGUGUAUAAGAAAAUGCAGGAUGCCAUCAAUAAACACAAAGAGGCAGAUGUUCUGGUCAACUUUGCUUCACUACGUUCGGCCUAUGAGUCAACUUUGGAAGUGUUGGACUAUCCACAAAUUAGGACAGUUGCAAUCAUAGCUGAAGGCAUUCCUGAAAAUAUGACCCGCAAAAUGAUUGUGGCAGCUCAGGCGAAGGGUGUAUCUAUUAUCGGGCCAGCGACUGUGGGAGGAGUGAAACCAGGAUGCUUCAAAAUCGGAAACACUGGUGGCAUGCUCGAUAAUAUUCUGCACUCAAAACUGUAUCGACCGGGAAGUGUUGCUUACGUAUCCCGAUCGGGCGGUAUGUCAAAUGAAUUGAACAACAUCAUUUCCAAAGCUACAGAUGGCGUUGUAGAGGGUGUAGCAAUCGGUGGUGAUCGUUACCCAGGCACAACAUUCAUGGAUCAUAUCUUGCGCUACCAAGCAGAUCCUGAUAUUAAAUUGAUUGUCCUAUUGGGUGAAGUUGGUGGAGUAGAGGAAUAUGAAGUUUGCGAAGCUUUGAAAGAUAAUCGAAUCACAAAACCCUUGGUAGCCUGGUGUAUUGGAACUUGUGCUGGAAUGUUCACAUCGGAAGUACAAUUUGGUCAUGCUGGUUCAUGUGCCAACUCUGAUCGCGAAACGGCAGCUGCAAAGAACAAGGCACUACGUGAGGCUGGAGCCUACGUACCAGAAUCGUUCGAUACUCUUGGCGAUUUAAUUGGAAGUGUUUAUCAGGAGCUUGUGAAAACAGGUAGAAUUGUGCCUGUUAAGGAAGUCCCACCACCGACUGUACCUAUGGAUUAUUCAUGGGCAAGAGAAUUGGGCCUAAUCCGUAAGCCGGCAUCGUUUAUGACGUCGAUUUGUGACGAGCGAGGACAGGAAUUGAUGUAUGCAGGAAUGCCUAUUAGCGAUGUGCUGAAUAAGAACGUUGGUAUUGGAGGUGUUAUUUCGCUGUUGUGGUUCCAACGUAGUUUGCCACCAUAUGUUUGUAAGUUCUUCGAAAUGUGCUUGAUGGUUACUGCUGAUCACGGUCCAGCUGUGUCUGGUGCUCACAAUACAAUUGUGUGUGCUCGAGCUGGAAAAGAUUUGGUGUCUUCAGUUGUAAGCGGAUUGUUGACAAUCGGUGAUCGUUUCGGUGGUGCCCUGGACGGUGCAGCUCGUCAGUUUUCCGAGGCCUACGAUUCCAAUCUACAUCCAAUGGAGUUUGUGAAUUCAAUGCGUAAGAAGGGUCAACUGAUCAUGGGUAUUGGACAUCGUGUCAAGUCGAUCAACAAUCCCGACGUUCGAGUGAAAAUCAUCAAAGAGUUCGUGAUGGCCAACUUCCCAGCGAAACCAUUAUUGGAAUAUGCUCUUGAGGUAGAGAAAAUCACAACGAGUAAAAAGCCUAAUCUGAUCCUGAACGUUGAUGGUGUUAUUGCAACAAGUUUCGUUGAUAUGUUAAGGAAUUGUGGAUCGUUCACAAGCGAGGAAGCUCAAGAGUACAUCAACAUUGGUGCCAUUAACUCGCUAUUCGUGCUCGGUCGCAGCAUAGGAUUCAUUGGGCACUACAUGGAUCAGAAGCGUUUGAAACAAGGUCUAUAUCGUCAUCCAUGGGAUGAUAUCUCCUACGUUCUCCCUGAACAGUAUAAUUAAAGAAAAAAACAUCCCCACGUCGUAAUCGAAGAGAAGGAGAGAGUAAAACUGAUUCCAGAAACCGUCACACAUGUUUCCACUAAUUAUAAGACCAAUUAGACAAGAACCAGAACAAAACUCAGAAUCACAAAGUAGUGUAGGGAAAGUGCUUACUUUUUCGCGGGAUUCCAUUACUCUCUACAUUUCAUCGCAUAAACAAGUUCAAAUCGCAGGCGCGUAAUGCUUCUUUUACGACUCCAAAGUUUGUAGGGCUACUUCGCUACCGAUCCACAUAUUCCCUUCAUUAUAAAUAAGUUCAACCGGACGAUGGGAGUGCAAACGCAAUUUCAUGUUUGGAACUCCCGUUCUAAAAAUAAUUCCUUUUUAUAUACGUUCUUUUUUUAAUCAUAUUUGCCUUGCGUUUUUAAAUUUAAUUUUCCUAACUUUGAAAACAAAACGGGGCGUCACGUUAAGAAAUAUAGUUAAAUAUUUAGCAGGUGAAAAUAAAGCAACAAAAAAAACAUUGAGGAAGAAACUUCGAGAAUAAUUCCUAAGCAUAAUUGCAUUAAAAUAUUGUAUUUAGAGAGAGCUUUUCGUUGUGGGGUCCAUAAAGGUGUUAGAGAACAAAUUUCAAGGCUCUAUAAAGUACAUUUAUUGAGAAAUGAUAGAAAACAUAUUUAUUUUAAAUUUAGUUAUUUUAUUGUUAUACUUUUCUAAAAAUAAGAAAUUAUAUGAAAUAUUUUAUAUAAAAGAAUUCACUUUUUAUUUUGUUGGUCUUAAAUCCAAUCUGAAACUUUCUAAUUUUACGAUGAAUCCGUCGAUUUAAAACAAAGCAAAACAGAUAACACCGAAACCAUUAACAUGUGCCGCUUGCCGUGCUUGACGUGAUCAACCAAUCACAAACUUAAUUUUGAAUUGUGCAUGAGCCGUCCUCAUUUUUUUCGACAUUUGUAAUUUUUUUGUAAGAACUCUAUUGAGGGCAUCGGGAGAGCACUUCUAGAGACAAACAAAGUAUGAUAUUCUUAACAUGUACAAGUAAUUUAUCGCAUAGAGCGCACGGACAAUGGAAUAUUAGUUGUUUAGUGAUCUGCACUUAAAUGUGAAAUGAAAUGUUAUAAAUGGCACAAAAAGUUAACGAAGUAAUUACUGACUGCACAGAUUGUUCUUCAUUUAUGGUCGUUGUUAUGGGAAAGUGAAAAUGAAAAAAAAAACAUUGGAAUAAAGGAAGAAUUAUCGCUAUCAUUUCUACAAAGCAAAAUGCAAGUGGGAAGGAAGAAGUGAAGCUUGCCUUGUGAGUAAGUUCCUUGGAGGAACGAAGGACGAAAAGUCGUCAUACAUAAAUAUCGUUAUUGUAAUGAAGCUUGAAGCUUUGCGUUGAAGAUAUUUUAUUGAUAAUAAACCAUAAUUUCAAGGAA